UGGGCGGCCCGCCCGUGGGAGGUUUUGGCGGGCUCGGCAAGAUGGCGGCGGGUAUGCCGCGUCUUACCGGCCGUUUGUCGGAGCCGUCUUUUACCCAGGAGGUGGCGGAGGACUCUUUUACCCCCUCGUUGCCGGGAGCUGCAGUGGAGGGCGCUAAGUGGGAGAGCAGUUACCUCUGGAUAUGUUUGCUGGCCUUGGGCUUCGACCCGAAACGGUACCCGGGCGUACAGCUAGGGAGGGAUAUGUUUGCUGCACCGAAUGCCAAAGCGUUUGCCACCAUUUCCCACUUCUUGUUUGCUAAGCUGGAUAAGCGCUGUGCAGAAGUAACUUUGAAUCUGUCAAGUCCUAGAUUUACGAACCGCUGCUGUCAGUGGCUAAGAGAAAUUUCACAGCAGAUGGAAGUAAGUGUCCCACAAAUUACACCUUCCGCACUGAUUUCUCCUAGUGGUGCUAAACUUGUUCAUGUGUUGUACCGUUUUGCAAGAUACGUAAUGAUUGAGAACAUGAAAAAGCUCUCUGUAGGCACUGGUUUACCUUCUGCUGAAGCUGUAACGCAGAGACCUCGGAAUAUGUACAUAGCAAAAGCAAGACACAGAGUUGCAUACAAUAAACUGCUGCAAGUUCUUCAAAGAGAACAUUUUAUUUUUCAAGAAUAUAGGAGAAAAGCACAGAUUUUAUCUAGAGCAAUAAAGCGGACAAAGUCUGAAUAUGCAGAUGCGCAGAAUCAGCUUUGCAGGAUGAAGCAAAAUGACCAAAACGAAAAUGACACAACUGAGAGAAUUCAGAAGGUCCGCAGUAUGUGGGCAUUUAUAGAGGAAACGCUUACAUCUCUGAAAAAAGAAAAGGAAGUUGUGGAUUCUGUACUUGAAGACUGUGUUAACCCAUGUAUUCUGGAUGGAAGUGAUGUUGUUUUGAGUGUUCCAGCAUUGUUGACUUCUGGAGUUGAAAGUAACAUACAUACAUUUUGUACAGGAAAUUUAUAUGAAGAGGGAAAUCUGAAUUUCCUAACAGUUAUUCAGUUGUUAAAUGAAGCCCUGAUGACAUUGAGAGAUGAACGUUGUCCACGUAAAUUAAAAGAACUGGACAGAAUUGAGGAUGUGGUUGCAUCCUACAAGAAUGCACUACGGGAGUUGAACGCUGAAAGUCUAAGAAGAAAGCAAGAGCAUUGUGAGCCAAUGCAUCAGUCUGUUGUCAGAAGACAAGAAAUCUGGGAGUCAAAGUGGAAAACGAUUCUUGGCCAGUCUCCUUUUAAUUUAAUCUUUAGAGAUGAUCUGCAACCAGCUUCAUCACUUCAGUGUUUUAGUUCUUCAGACGAAGUUGGUGUCCUUAAUCAGUUAUUUUCAGAUAAUUAUGACUAUGAUCAUGAAGAAAGCUGUGAGGAAAGUGAUGGGUCUUUGGAAGCCCCGAUCGAUGCAAUAUUAGUACCCUCAAGAAGGAGCUCAUCGUUGCCGUUGUCAUCAGAGGUGUCUGAAAAUGAAGACCUGUUAAUUAAAAAUGUAUAUCUCUUUGAAAACUUGAAUACUUGUGUGGGAAAUGAAAAACCUGUGUCUGAAAAAAACUUAAAAAAUGGAAAGGAAGAAUUCCCUGCUUCAGAAAUGGAGGAGAAUGCAGGUGAAAAUGUUACCCAGCCAAAGUCUCCUGCGAAAAAAGAUUACCUUCUUGAGAAAGCCAGGGAUGAACUGGAAGGAGAGAUUGCAAAGGCGGUGAUUUCUGAGUCACCUCACAGUGGUGAAGAAAAAGGAAUGACAUUAGAUGAUCCCAGGAGCUCACUGUCUUUUAACCCAUUUAUAACGAAGAAUAAAAUACCCCGAACUCCAGAAAAUCUGCUUGCUGAAAUUAGAAGUUCGUUAAAUUCUGCCCUUCAUGAAUCUCCUGACAUUGGAAUAUUGGACGAGACGCUUCUACAGUGUGAUAGUAUGGAUACCACCAUAUCUGCAGCCUCAGACUCAAUUUUAUUAACAAUGGACAGUGAAAAUUUAAUGGAUGGGUCAGAAAAUAAUGAGGAUAUUAAAAAAUGGGACCUAUAUUGGCAGUCCCCGUCCUACUCACACAAAGUGCUAAAAAAGACUGCAUCUAAGAGUCAUAAUAAUGGAGACAAGUCCCAAAGUUAUAGAGCUAAACUAAGGAUGUCCGAAGAAGGAGAGGAAAAUGAGGAUGAUCUUCUCACGGAUGAAGGAUUUACCAAGAUGCCAUUGCCAAGCUCUCCUGAUGAAAGCAAACAUUCCCUGUCAUCUUUGCUGUCAACAGAAGGAUAGUACAUGAAGUCCCAUUAGACUUACUACAUGAAUUGAAGGUAAGAAUAGUUGAGUUGGAAGUUGGGAACGAAGGAACAUUCAUCAGGAUGGAAUUUGUAAAGCAGCAUAACCAGAGCAGUGCAUUUAUGACUCACUUGUAUCUUCUCCAAGCAUUAUCUGCAUUGGGAAGUUGCAAUCCUUUUGGUCUGCAAGGAGACUCUACUUCAAUCUCCUUGUUUAGGAGUGUCACUUGCCUGCUCUGACACUGCCAGUUUCAUAUCAUUCAGUGUGGCUUUCUAUAUACAGAACUAUAAGCUUAUUUUGAACAGCAGAUAUUGAGUAAAUGGCAUAACCUAGAAAAUGGAAAAAUGAGAUGUCAAAGGAGAAAUAGUGAAAUCUGUUAAUUUGCUCCUAAUCCACAUCUCUUACCCCAUCCCAACCCUUAACCCAACAGAUUGAUAUUUUUCUUGGUGCUCUACAUUCCAUUACAUUCAUCUCUCUUACUGAGAUUUCUGGUCUAUACUGCCAUCAAUUCUGCCUUUUGAUAGAGGCUGUUCCCUUUUUCUAUGCUUCACUGGAGUGCAUAUUUCUUUAGCUAUAUUACUGAAUAAAUGCUUUACAAUAAAUGCUUUACUACUAAAGUGUAGUAGUGUGUUUGUUAAGUUUAUUGUAUAGCUCCCCCAU